AUCACAGUUUGUUAACAACCAUAUUUGUGUUAUUUGAGUUACUAUAUUUGUUUCAUGCAAGACAUUGUUUACAUUUGAUAUAUGGUAUUUUUUUACUUGUAGAGUUCACAAAUGGUGGUAUAUGGUGUUUUUUGACUUGUAGAGUUCACAAAUGGUUUGUGUUGCUAAAGAGAAAUAAUACGAAAAAAACGUUUUCAUUUUCCACAAAUCUUUUCAAAUAAAAGAUUUAUGACCGUGUCCAUUCAAGAAUGGCUCCUUUCCCCUGCUACUCCAAUUCCACUUCCUCGCCGCAUAUGACGUCUUCACAUCAACCCAUUCCAACGGCUGAUAGAAUCAGCGGCUUGCCGGAUUCAACUCUCUGUCAUGUACUCUCUUUUCUGUCAACCAAACAUGCUGCAACCACAAGUGUGCUCUCAAAGAGAUGGAAACCUCUAUGGCUCUCUGUCUUCACCCUUGAUUUCGACGAAACAGCCUUCAGAUUUUCACCCUCGAGAAUUUUCUCUGCUAUGCACUCGACAUUGCACCAGCGAGACAUCGCCCUACCAAUCCAUUCGUUUCGCUUCAUAUAUCAUCAGUAUUCUCUUUGCUACCAAAAUGAUAUCAAUCUAUUUAUUGAGUUCGUCCGAGAUAGAGGAGUACAAAAUUUCACUCUCAACCUAAUCGUUCCAGUUUGCGGUCCACCAUCAAUUGAAUUACCUCGUAGCAUUCUCAAUUGCGAGACACUAGAAGUUCUUAAGCUGAAAGGCAUUAAGAUUGGAGAUAUUUCUCAUAUGCAGGAUUUACCUCUACCCAAGCUUAAAACUCUCCAUUUGGAAGACGUACUUUUUGAAUGUAAUCAACAACUCUACAAUCUUUUAUUACGAUGCCCGCUUCUACAGGAUUUUGAAUCAAAACACAGUAUCAAUAUCGGAGACAAUAAAAACCUUCAUCUCCUAGAAACUUAUGAGGCCUUACCUAAUUUGAUCAAAGCUAAGUUAAAUGAUGAUCUUAUAAGAUGUCCGUUGAGUAUGCUUCGUAACACAAUCAUUUUGUGUGUAGAUAUGAGUAAGCGUUUAUGUUUCUUCGGCAAUCUUGUCUUGUUACGCACUAUUCCCACGUUUCAAAGAAUGACUCACUUGGAGCUUAACUUUAAAGAUAUCGAUUGGUUCGACAGAUGCAUCUGGUUGUUAGCAAUACUCAAACAGUCUCCCAAACUUCAAAUUCUUAUUAUUCAGGAUACUGGAGUUCUAGAAGAGAGGAAUGGCAUAUGCUGGAAGGAUCCCCAAAUUGCUCCAAAAUGUCUUUCAUCAGAACUUAAAUCUUGUUGCUUUAGUGGUUACAGAGGCACCGGCUGGGAUUUCAAAUUUGCAAAAUAUAUAAUAGAGAAUUCAAAAGUACUCAACACUUUGACAAUUCAUAGUAAAUGUUCCAUAGGUAUGAAUAAGGACCAAAUGUUAGAUGAUUUAUCUUCAUGCACAAGGGCCUCUACAACAUGCAAACUUUUAUUUGAUUGAUUUUCAAGGCUAUGCCAUAUCAGCAAUGGAUCCUACAUAUGCAACGGAUGUGAUGGUUUGAACGACUUGAAGUUUAUUUCAAAUUUUCCUCUAUAUCCAGUUUCACGUUUUCAUGUAAUUUGGGGAUUCUAGAUGCUCUUCACUUUAUUUUUUAAUUUUUGUUAUUGGUCAUUGUUUUAAAUUUGGAAUUAUAUCAGUUUUUGUUUAUUUGUCAUUGUUUCUCAAGUUUGCUAAUGGUGUAUUUUCUCUCUCACAAGCAAGGUUCUCAUCUUAUCGAUGUUUAUCAUUGUCCAGCUAUAGUUUUCUUUUCUCUUUUGACAUUUGAAUAACUGGUUCUCAUCUUAUCCAUUCCUGUGAAUCAAAUUUGACACGACAUCAUCUUACAUAAGCCUUAAAUUUGAAUCCAAGCUUCUGUUGCAGAAAUUUGAUUCCAUGACAGUAGGAAUUAUCUAUAGCCUAAGAUUUAUGUAGUGUGGGAACAACUUGCAUCAUCUCUUGGUACCUAUACAUGUUUAGUAGUGACAUGUUAUUUGAUUGAUGACCAAUCUCAUUCAUUUUGAAAGAUCAAUGAGUCAGUGAAGGAGUGAUCCUUAGUGAAGACUGCAAUAGAGUAGAGGUGGUGGGCCGAGACAUAUUUUUGUAAGAUGAAUUGGACCCUCGCCCUAGAAGCCACUAUGUAUGAACCUGAACUAAUUCCUUUCUUUAGGCACUUGAUCGAAAAGAUGUUACUGGAAAUAACUUCUAGACUUUAGGAUUUUAUAGUGGAAUAGGCUUUACCUGAAGCAAUAUCUUCAUCUUCAAUUUAGGCGCCACUUACAAGUUCUAAAAGUAAGAUUGAAAUUCUAGUAUUAGUAUAGUAUUACAGACCAAAGUUUUGUGUCAUGUGUUUAUAUAUAGUUUAUAUUUUAAUUUAAGCCUUGAUAAGAGAAAUGGAGUAGAAACAUACAAUGUCAAAGGAUAAAAGUAUGAGUCAUUGGCCAGCACUAGAAUUUUAACUAAUAAGAGUGAUGCAUCAAAGUGAAUAGCCUGGACAACCUAUAACUAAAGUGUACACUUUUAUAUAACAAAUGAUAUGAUAAAUAUAGGAUAAAAUAACAUUUGAAUGCUCUUUCCAUCAUGCAUUGGAACCUCAUUGAUAACUUUUUAUAAUCUAUGAUGGAAAUUCAUUACAUUUUUGCAGGGUGCUAUGUUGGUGUCGUUUUUGUUUUUUCAGCUUGUUGCUGCAGUUAUGUUUUCUUAGUAUUUAGUCAGCUUGUUAUUAUUAAUCCAUGCCAAGGAGGGAGAGCUUCCUCCUGCCAUGGUUUUAAAUCACGGAUUUGGUUGUGGUUGCGGUCACUGUUGCAGCUAAAGUGAAUAGCCUAGACAACUUAUAACUAAAGUGUACACUUUUAUAUAACAAAUGAUAUGAUGAAGAUAGGAUAAAAUAGCAUUUGAAUACUCUCUCCAUCAUGCAUUGUGUUGGUAGUUGAUUAGUUUGAUAAAAGAUAGUUUUAGAGAUUUGUUUAGAAAGAAGGCUAUGUCAUUGAUUUCUUGGAUGAUCAAU